AUGGCCUUAGCAAGGACUAUUCGUGCGCGAAUAUUGGAAAGCGAUUUAUUUGAUUUCAAUCUAAAGUAUCUUACUUACGUAGGUUUAUGGCCGAAAGAUAGUUGGUCGCAAGAGAAAUUACAACUUUACAGAGUUUACGAAGUGUUUCUUUUUAUUUUAUCACUAGCGUUUAUCGUAGUCACCGGAAUCGGCACUUAUGAACAAAGGGACGAUAUAACUAUGCUGAUGACGAAUCUGGAUAAAACUCUAGUUGCUUACAAUUUCGUUUCUAAGAUAAUACUGUUCACUGUGAAGCGAGAGCAUCUUAAUAAACUUAUAAGAGAGAUUAAGCUUUCUGAAGAUAAAGUAAACAUCGAGCGAAAGAGUUUGAUGGCCAUACACGUAGUUAUAAUAACUGGUCUCUCAACCCUUGUAGUUUGUGCUUUCAGUUUAUUGAGUCAGUAUAAGAGGGAAAUGACUGUUGAAGCAUGGAUGCCGUUUGACCCAAUGAAAACCAGAAUGAAUCUGUUACUGGCCGCUCAACUUUUGGCUGUAUGCUUCCUUGUACCGGUUUUGUAUAGAGCAUUUGCUAUACAGGGCAUUGUAUGUGGUAUUAUAAUGUAUUUCUGUGAUCAGUUAAUAGAAUUGCAGCAAAGAUUAAGAGAUUUCGAUUAUAUUAAGGAAAGGGACAGGGAAGCGAGAGAGGAGUUCAAAGAUAUAGUUAAGAAGCACAUACGUAUAAUGAGAUAUGUCAGAAUGCUAACAGAUAUUUUCAAGGAGUACUUUCUAAUACAAAACCUGGCAGUAACGGUUGAAUUAUGUUUAAAUGCAUUGAUGGUUGCAGUCGUUGGCCUAGAACAGAAGACGCUUUUGGCUACAUUUUUGGGUUAUCUCGGACUAGCUUUAAUCAAUGCAUACAUUUAUUGUUAUUUGGGAAACGAGUUGAUUAUUCAGAGUACAGGAGUAGCUCAGGCCGCAUACGACUCUGGCUGGACAUCCUGGCCGACAGACUUGCAGAAGGAUCUCCUCAUCGUGAUUAAUGUUGCUCAAAAGCCUUUAGCAUUGAGUGCAGGGGGAAUGGCGUUGAUGUGCAUUGAAACUUACAGUCAGGCUUUAUACAAUGCAUAUUCUAUAUUUGCCGUCUUGAGCGAUAUGGUGGACUAG